UAUGGCCCCCGAUCCGGUACCCCCGUCGCUGCCGCCGCCGCCAUGUACCCCGCGUGUCCCCCGGCCGGCCCGGCCCCGCGUCGCGGCCGCCGGCCCCCGCCCGGUCGCCCUGCGCAGCCGCUGCGACCCCCCACGCCUGCCCCGGUCUCCGCUGCGCGGCCCCUGCCCCCUGCACCCGGGCCGCGGCCCCGCGUGGCGGUGAAGAUGGCCUUCCGCAAGGCCUACUCCAUCAAGGACAAGCUGCAGGCCAUCGAGCGCGUCAAGGGCGGCGAGCGGCAGGCCAGCGUGUGCCGCGACUUCGGCGUGCCGGGCGGCACUCUGCGCGGCUGGCUCAAGGACGAGCCCAAGCUGCGCUGGUUCCUGGAGCAGCUGGGCGGCGAGGUGGGCACGCAGCGCAAGAAGAUGCGGCUGGCCAACGAGGAGGAGAUCGACCGCGCCGUCUACUCGUGGUUCCUGGCGCUGCGCCAGCACGGCGUGCCGCUGUCGGGGCCGCUCAUCCAGGCACAGGCCGAGGCUUUCGCGCGCCAGAUCUACGGGCCCGAGUGCACCUUCAAGGCCAGCCAUGGCUGGUUCUGGCGCUGGCAGAAGCGCCACGGCAUCUCCAGCCAGCGCAUCUACGGCGAGGCUGAGCCGCCGCCCGCCGGCCCCUUGCCCGGCCCCCCGGUCAAGCAGGAGCCGGCACAGUCCCCCCGCGCUGGCCCCCUGCCCGACUGCGCCUCGAAUUUCCCGGCCCCCGCCGAGGGCGGCUACGGCGACGAGCAGAUCUACAACGCCAACGUCACUGGCCUCUACUGGAAGCUGCUUCCGGAGCAAGCCGCGCCUCUGGACGCGGGGGACCCCGGCGCAGGGGGCUGCGGCCGUCGCUGGCGGGGAGACCGGGUGACGGUGCUGCUGGCUGCUAACCUGACCGGCAGCCACAAGCUGAAGCCGCUGGUCAUCGGGCAGCUGCCAGACCCACCCAGCCUGCGCCACCACAGCCAGGACAAAUUCCCUGCCUCCUACCGCUACAGCCCGGAUGCCUGGCUCAGCCGCCCCCUGCUGCGGGGCUGGUUCUUCGAAGAGUUCGUCCCGGGCGUCAGGCGAUACCUGCGCCGCAGCUGCCUGCAGCAGAAGGCCGUGCUGCUGGUUGCCCACCCACCCUGCCCCAGCCCGGCUGCCAAGAUGCCCACCCUGGAGGAGGGCGAGGAGACCCCCAGGAGGUGCCGGCUUGAGCCCCUCGGCUCCCCAGAAGAGCUGCAGACCCCUGACGGGGCUGUGCGGGUGCUGUUCCUGUCCAAGGGCAGCAGCCAGGCGUACAUCCCUGCCCCACUGGAGCAGGGCGUGGUGGCUGCCUUCAAACAGCUGUACAAGCGCGAGCUGCUCCGGCUGGCCGUGUCGUGCGCUGGGGGCUCCCCGCUGGAUUUCAUGCGCAGCUUCAUGCUCAAGGACAUGCUCUACCUGGCUGGCCUCUCCUGGGACCUGGUGCAGGCAGGCAGCAUCGAGCGCUGCUGGCUGCUGGGCUUGCGGGCCGCCUUUGAGCCCCGGCCUACGGAGGAGUGUGCUGGGCAGCCAGCUGGCCAGGCCGAGGAGGCUGCAGAGCACAGCAGAGUGCUCAGCGACCUCACGCACCUGGCAGCCCUGGCCUACAAGCGCCUGGCACCUGAGGAAGUGGCCGAGUGGCUGCACUUGGAUGAUGAUGGCGGGCUGCCCGACAGCUGCAGGGAGGACGCGGGCCCCAGCCGGCCCCCUGUACUGGUCCCUGGGGCCCCUCCACCCCCAGCCAGCCUACUGUCUGUCAUGGCAGGCGGAGAGGAGGAGGAGGAUGUCACUGUGCCCACUGCAGGGGAGGCCGUUCGGGGUCUGGAGACGGCUCUUCGAUGGCUGGAGAGCCAGGACCCCCGGGAGGUGGGGCCACUGAAGCUGGUGCAGCUUCGCUCACUGAUCAGCAUGGCCCGAAGGCUGGGGGGCAUCGGGCCCUCUCCCACAGUUCCUGACGACGGGUUGUGACCCAGCCAGCCCGAGCAGCCCCCCCAGUGGCCUUUCUCCUGCUGCACUUGGAGGGAGGGGACACAUCGUCUCCCCUUUCCACCUCCUCCCUCCCUUGGGGUGGCCCAGCCCAUGGCUCAGGAGUUGCAGGAUCCCAGCCCAGCCUGGCUCUGAGGAGCUCUGUAGGUGAAGGGUCAUCCCCUCCACUGGUCCCCCUGACUCAUGUAGGGGUAGCUAGAAGAGACCCCGGGCUCCUGCCCCUCCUUCCUGGGCAAGCACACAUGUUGGGUCUGUGCUCUUAGCCAGGGCUCCCCCCACGCAGGCCUAGCAGACACACACACACCACAGCACUUUACAGAGCAGUUUGCUGUGUUCCCACCCUGGCCCCUGUGGGGCUGAGGCCUCCAGCCCCACUCCUGCCCACACCUCCUACUCCCUGACCCCUGCCUCCAGGGCCCAGCACUUACACUGGACAGGGGCCGGCACACCCCUCUGACUGGGCUCUGAUGCUGCGUGAUUCCCACACCAUAGCCGCCGGUCGUCUCAGCGGGAAGCACAGCAGUCAUUUCUGGUUUUAGUGUAUUAAGUCCAUUUUUACGGAUACUCUCCAGGAACCCAGAGGGAGGGGUGUCACUCCCUAGCCCGGGCCAUCUCGGAGGGCGGGCAGCUACGUGGGCUGGAAGGGAGAGCGGGGCCUCCUGAGGCUCCGGACGCAGCAAGGGGUGCAGGUUUGUGGUCCACUCGGAUUUUCAAUUUUCCUUAAGAAAAUUCCAUCCUGAGCAGCUCUCAUUCUGUGGGGCUGGCGAGCACUAGACCUGGGCCCUGGUGACCAGACCAGUGAGUGGACCAGCCACGGUCCACUUCGUCUGGCUCCAGGGAGCUGCCCCGUGGCACUGACAGCCACACACAGGACAAUCCUUGUGCCUUUGCUCCCUCCAGGGCUCCUCCUGCCCAGCUCACCCCCCCCCCCCCGAGGCUUCCUCCACCCCUGUCUUGGCAUUGCUGAGGGUGUGGCCCACAGCCCGGGGAUUUGGCGUCUGGGUUGCACAUUUUGAAAGGAGAAGGGAAGGGCUCCUGUGUUCCUGUCCAGCUCUCAUUCUGCUCCGGCUCUAGAUUCAGGAUUCCUGCUGGUGACCUGAGGCUGAGAUAUCCAGAUCUCCCAGAGGCUGCUCUGCAGAGAUGUCCAGAGCCCUUGUGAGGGGCAGGGGGCCUGGAUUUGAGGGGCUGCGUGCAUAUUGGCACUCUCCCCUCAUCAACUGCCUCAUCUGUCUGGGGGUCCAAGACUGCAGAGGCUGCAGAGGUGAUGUUCGUGGUAGGGAAUGGCUGUGCGCUGUGGGGAGGCAGCUGGGGCACCCUUGGAGCAAGGACGUAAACUGUUCCUUGGAACCAUCCCUGGUCAAAAAAGUGUAUUUGAGAAUGUGUAUAUGUCAAAUCUGAAAGCUAGGGGAAGGUGUGGAGGAUUUGGGAGCAAGAGAAGGGAGGCUUGGCUGGCCAGGCCAGGGCAGCAGCCUCCUGCCACACCUGCUGGGGCCCAGCUGGCACAUCCGCUGCCAGCUGUCUCAGGUCCACACACCUGCAGGAGGCAGACUGCAGCUGGACCUGGAUCUAGCCAAGCAGCUGGCAUCAGGCUUCAGGACAGCUUGCAUGUUACUCCAUCUGCCUCUCUGGCUGGUAGGGACCCAGCCUGGGGCUCCUGGUCACAAUAGCCGGUCUGCUGGGCCUCUGCUCUGCUGGGCCUGUCUGCAGGGGUGUGUGGAGACAGAGACCUCAAGCCCCACGUGGGCAGUGGGUGAGGGCGGCCUCAGCAGUGCCCUGCAGCCGCCAUCAGCGCCCCACCUCUUGCUGAGUCUCCCUCUUCUCCCCAUGGGCCUGGGUGGGGAGGCUGCAGUUAGUAUUGGGAACCAGUGUCAGGACAGAACCUCCUGCCUCCCUCUCCUCACGUCCCACCAGUCUCGUCCCCUCUAGGGAGCCAAGGCUGCACCCUAGGAGGUGGCUCUGGCAAGUCCCCAUGGCCCUGGGUGUGCCCUGAGUGAAUGAGGCACAGCACAGGAUGGCCUGGGGCCUUGGAGAUCCCAGGUGGCCAUCAGGGUGGGUCUGAGAGCUCUUUCUCUCUGCUGGGCCAGGACCUCCUCUAAAGGUAUCCUCUCAAAAAUGGAGGUGUUGGUGCUGUGAGGCAGAAGCCAUGGGCACUGAGCCCUGCACACGGAGGGGGUGGCUCUGCCCCUGAGGGUGGCCUCAGACAUGGGUCCUCCAAGCCGGGGGCCUGCAGCAGUGUGUGGGUGGUGGGCGGGCACCUGGGGCCCCACCCCAGCUCUGGUGGCUGUCACUCCCUCCCUGGGCUCCUCUCAGUGUGAAACCAUGGGACAGCCUGGUCAGAGCUUCCCACGGGGGACGCUAGAGGCUGUCUCUGCAGGAGAAUCGCCAAAGUGGACCCCAGCUGGGUGGCCUCCAUGCUGUUGGCCUGCUGGGCCCCAGGCCUUUGAGUUUGCCACCCUGGUGCACAGUAAGGAGAGAGAGGUGUUUGAUGGCACCAAGGGGGAGGUUGGAGUUGGCGCUGCUAGUGUCUUCAGCAGCCAUCACCUGCAGCACUGGGCACCACGCCGGAGACAAGCUUUCUUGCCCUGGAGGGAGACAUGUUUCCCUGGUGGGGCGGGGACACCCACAGCCAGGGAGGUGCUCAGGGACACAGCCACCAGCCUCCCCUCCUGCUGUUCACAGUGCUGUAACGAUGCCUUGAGGCAGUGAAGAUCACCUUCCAAAAAGUGGCUCUGGGUCAGAGUCACCGUUAGGGCCCCCAGAGGGUUUGGCAGUGGGCAUGCAAGGGAAACCCUGCAGAUGGAAAGGUGAGCUCGCAGGCUCCUGCUGAAAGCACCCUGACCUGUGGGGUUGGGAGGGCGAGGCCAGGCGGCAGGUCAGAGGAAGCCUGUCUGAGGCCAGCCUUGCCUGAUGGGCUGAGUGUGUGCUUAGGGGUGCGGAAGGGGAGCGCCCUCAGGCUGAGGGGUCAGUCCUCCAGUUGGCCUGAGAGGAGGUCAGGGUUGCCAGGGGGAGCCUGCGAACAGGGAGCCCAGGCAGGGUGAGGCUCAGCUCCAGUGGCAGGUCCUAGGGUGGGCGCAGGGUGCGUGUUCUUUCUGGGCCCCUUUCACAUCAGCCUCACUGAUAGAGUUUACUGGCCAACUGGGCCCCGUGUGCUUUAUAAUAAAGGCUGAAUGUGUCAACCUCACGCA